AUGAGAAAGCAAAUUGGAGGGAACGGACCACGUAAUUUGAUUCCAUUAGGGCACAUUGUGGCGGGAAAAUGACCUAACGCUUCUUAGACCCUUACUCCUAUAUCUUACUCGGUGCUUGAUACAUUAUCGACCGCCUCAAAAUCCGUUAAUUGCGGGUUUGAAAAGGUUCGAGGAGUAGAGAUUUUUUGUUUUUGACGGUCCUGGUGAUUUGGGGGAAAUGGCUGCCGAUCUCGACGAUGAUGGUGAACAGACUGUGUCAAUCAACGAGUAUCUUGAGAGUAUCGAAGAAGAAGAGUUGGAGGCUGAUUUGGUUUUGGGUGGAGAUGAGGGCGAUGAGUGUACCUAUUCUAAAGGUUACAUGAAGAGACAGGCAAUUUUCUCAUGCCUGACAUGCACCCCUGAGGGGAAUGCUGGAAUUUGUACGGCUUGCUGCUUGUCUUGCCAUGAUGGCCAUGAGGUUUUGGAGCUCUGGACCAAGAGAAAUUUUAGAUGUGAUUGUGGAAAUUCAAAAUUCAGAGAGUUCUCAUGCAAGCUUUCCCCAAAUAAAGAUGUAGAGAAUGUAGAGAAUUCAUAUAAUCACAACUUCAAAGGUUUAUACUGUACUUGCAAUCGCCCCUAUCCAGAUCCAGAUCUCCAGGAGCAAGAAGAAAUGAUACAGUGCUGUAUGUGUGAGGACUGGUUUCAUGAGGAGCAUAUUAGUCUUGGUUCCCCUAAUGAGAUUCCUAGAGAUGAGGAAGGGGAGCCUCUAUAUGAGGAUUUCAUAUGCAAGGCAUGCUCAGCGGUUUGUUCUUUUCUGACUCUAUAUCCUAAAACCAUACGGGCAACGGGGAAACAACCUGUUGCUUCUGUUGCAACUGGCAAGGAUAAAAGUGUGCUGGAAGACAUCCCUCCUAAAGAUGAACCUGGGAAACUUGACAAUGAUGUGUGCUCUGACACUGUCCAAAAUAAUUUGGUUGCUGAUAUGAAUCAUGACUCUGUAUCUGAUGACAAGAAGUUUGUUGUUGGUGAAAGCUCUCAGAACAAUGAUAGCUCAAGUCUGUCCCAAAGUAUUGCCAAUUCAAAUGGUACUUGUAUUCUUGGAGUAGACUGGAUGGCUGCAUCAAGUGAUUCAGAAAAUAGACCCCUCUUUCUUUCUAAGAAUUGGAGAGAUGUCCUCUGCAGAUGUGACAAGUGCUUAGAUAUGUACAAGCAGAAACAUAUCAGUUAUCUACUUGACAAGGAAGAUUCAAUAGCAGAUUAUGAAAAAAAUGCAAAGCAAAAGAGGGAAGAGAAGUUGCAGAAAAGGGAAGGUGCUGAAUUAAAUUUCUUUAACAAUCUUGGUCAUAUAGAAAAAAUGGAGAUUCUGAAUGGCAUUGCAGACUUCAAAGAUGAGUUCCGGUCUUUCCUGGGGUCAGUUGAUCCUUCAAAGGCAAUCACAGCAGCUGAUGUCAACCAGAUUUUCGAGAACCUUAAAAACAAGCGACGGCGCGUGUAGAUUGAAGCUUUUUUACUGGAUAUUACUGCACUGGCUCAGUUUGAACUUAGACACUACUGCUUCUAAUAUUAUGAACUAUGUUGCACUUGUGUUUUGAUGACUCUGUGUUAACUAGGCUUCUGUAUUAGCUGAAGUUGUGCUAUCUAUGUUUCACAAUAUAUAUGUGCCCUGUUUAAAUUAACAUGCUUAGCAGGCUAUCAGCAGCAACAACAGCAAGUACAAUGUUAAAAGAGGUUUUUAAUCUAUUUUCUGUAUA